AUGUGUAAGAAUAAGGAGGAAUGGGACAAGUUUAUCUCUUUAUGGAACUUCUUAGUACUCUCGUCAACUGAGCUUGAAUACAAUGAACACCUUGCUAGGCUACUUGCGGAUUUUGAUACAUAUCCUGAGGCAGUGCAAUAUGUGUCACAAAGUUGGUUAAUUCCAUAUAAGGAUAAGUUUUUUGCCGUAUGGACAGAUAGUUGCAUGCACUUCGGGAAUGUUACAACCAACAGGGCUGAAAGUGCACAUGCAAAACUGAAACGGCAACUUGGUUCUAACCAAGUAAAUUUUGAGUGUUCUUGGAUCAAGAUCCAUAGUUUGCUUGAGUUGCAGCAUAUUGAUAUUAAGGCAUCGUUUGAGAAGAGUUUAACCGUUGUACAACACCAGUUCAAACCAUCCCAUUUUAGAGAGCUCCAAGGCAAUAUCUCUAUUACUGCAUUAGAUCAUGUCUUAGCAGAAAGUAAGCGAACGAAUGAUGUUGGCAUUGAUGCUUCAGUAUGUGGAUGUGUUGUUCGACGAACACAUGGGUUACCGUGUGCCCAUGAGAUUGCGAAUUACAUCCGGCAGGGUCGUCGAAUACCACUUGAUAGCAUUAACCCACACUGGAGGACUCUUGAGUUGGAAAUUCUACAUAAGUUAGGAGAGAUUGUAGAUCCGCAAAGUAGUUUUCUGAUUGAGCAGGAUGUGAAGCCCAACCCUCAAGGUAAGGGACAUAAGAAUAUAAAUGUAUCUACGCGUCGAGACCCAUGUGCAUUUGAGCUGGUUCAGUCUAGACAUGAUAGCCACUCACCUAUGGGCACCCAUAUCCCCAUACGAAAUUCUGUCAAAGUACAUAGAAAAGGGCCUGGCAAAGAGAAGGUAUAUCGGACUCAUAUAAAUACGACUUAUUCAUAUGUUGAUGCCCUCCCAGUUGGAUUAAAGCCGUACAUACAUUUUAUCAAGGAUGUAGAUGCCGAUGGCAAUUGUGGGUUUAGAGCCAUUGUUGGGUUGAUGGGGAUUGAAGAACUGACCCAUAUUCUAUCAUACUUUAAGCCCAAUCUAGGUUAUCACCGUUGGAUGACUAUGCCUGACAUGGGUCAUCUUAUUGCAUCUUGUUAUAAUGUGGUAUUGUACCACCUAUCUACACAACAAUGCCUUACAUUCCUCCCCCUACGAUCAAUGUCAAUAUCACAAGUUCAACGGCGUGAGAUUGCUAUUGGGUUUGUUAAUGGGAAUCAUUUUAUCCAGGUGUUCAUGUUAUCGGGUCAUCCAGUUCCACCGAUAGCUAUCAAUUGGUGCAAGUUUCAUCAUUCUUGUGCGGCUGGAUGGGAUACUACAUAUAGUUGCCGAAUUGAGCAUUUUAAACAAGUUGUUCAUUCAGGGGUAACUACUAUAGAGACAUUUGAUUGUAUUAACCUUGAUGAGUAA